UGUGAAAUUUUAUCCACGGUUGCUAUUGUAUUUUGUUGGUGGCUGCAUUACGCGGAAGCACGAAUGGCCAUUCUGAAAACUAAAAAAAAAAGAAGCUUCGGUGCCUGCAUCAUCUCUGGUAGAGUCGACCCGGGAGUUUUGCAUGUGGACAUUGUUGGUUCCGUGAACGUCAAAUGCCGUAAGUGACUUGUAAAAACGCUGGUUGAAAUACUCGAGCUGUUGUAGACAGUUUCUCUUGGAUUCCUUUCAGCGGUUAUCAUGUCCCUGACAGUGCUGUCCAACCACAAGGAAGUAGAAAAUGUACUGAAUCCACAGUCAGUUGAAAACUGGGAGAUACAUUCAAAUCUUAAUCUGCCAAAACUAGUCUCAGUCCUCAAGAAAUUUGCUUUUCAUCUGGAAGAACUGAACCAGAAUAAUAUCUUGCAUCAUGAAAUAGUUCAACUUUCUCCCUUAUUUCUUAAGUUGUUUGGUGAUGAUUUUGUAAACCACUCCAGCAGAAAAGUGAAAGUGCUUGUUGCUGCAUGUAUUGCAUACUUGUUACCAGGAUGUAUUCAGAUGCUCACAUCUUCAGAUCAUUUUAUGGCUGUGCUGUCAUUUCUUGGCGAACAAUUGGACAUUCUACAUCACAGCGAAGCACCUGAAUUUGAACAUGCAUUCCAUAUCCUAGAAAUUUUGUAUAGUAUGGAAACAACAUAUAUUUCAUGUCUUUCAUCAGUACAAAAGAACUCAUUCUGCAAGUGGAUGUUGCAGAAAUGUUUUAGUUUGGCAAACAUUAAUGGCGAUGGAGCUUCAAAGCAGUUACACAGAUUGCUACUGAAGAUCAGUCAAAAGCUUGUAACUUGCAUGAUAAAUGAAGGAAGUUUCUCAAAAGAAUGUCUUCACUACAUCCUUGUGGCUCUUUUGGAAGAGACUGAGCCUGAUAGCAGUGGCAGUUAUAACCUAGCAAAAGAAUUGUUGUUUGCCAAUAGACGCUACUUGGAAACGCAGAUACGGAAUAUUUUGGUGAAACGUCUACAUGAUGGUCCAAGUGAAGGUAGCACAUUAGUCAUGGACACCAAACCUUUUGAGGUUAUUUACAAAGUAUAUCACAUAGAUAGCAUGAUAAUGCUUGGAGUCAUUAACAGUUUAGAAUACUGCCUAUCUUCUUCUGAUGAAAGUGAAAGAAGAGAAGUGUUGGAGUUUCUGUGUUGUUUUUUCUCAGAACAGCAUUCAAGUGUUGCUUCAGACUAUAAGAAACUGUGGAAUGCUUUUCUUUUGAAGCUACGAGCUGAAGAAAUGGCUGGAGAUGUUGUGUGUAAGCACACAUACAAUUUUCUUGUGAAUCAUCCCGAACUAAGUUCGGAUUAUAAACGUUUGCUCAAAAAAUUAAUUCGUACCAAAAGACCAAGUUUACGCAAGGAGCUGCUGUUCCAGAUAACAAAAGCAAUACUCCAUGAGAGCAGCUUAAUCUUGCAUGAUGAUCAGUUGCUGCAGUUAAUGGCAGAACGCAUAAGGACAGAUUUUGUCGAUGUACGUUUGUGUGCGCUGAGAUGUUUAGGACUGAUAUGCAGGGAAUACCCUGCUGCUGCCUGUCCUGUUCUCAAAGAAAGGAUUAUUUGGCUACACAAUUUUUUACUGGAACAUUACAUUAAUAGUAAUUCCAGUAAUAGUGAUAGGGCAACAAUAAAGCAGUUACUGUUUACUGCUAUGGUACCAAAGGAUGUAGUUAAUGAAGAGAAGAUAAUAUUACUGCAAAAAAUUUGGUUGAAAAUGUCUGAAAAAGCCCGGAAAGCUUUUCAUGAAAUGGGAGAGAGAGAUUUCAGGUUGAGAAAAUGGACACUGAUGAUGGUUGAGCACAUUAAAACUGGUGAUGAUAAAACUGAAGAAAUUACCAAAUGCAUAAACAGAAUAUCAGGAGAGCUCUUGGAUGGAGGAAAAUCUGAAGGCUGUUUAAGAUAUCUAGUUGACAUUAUCCGAAAAGAUAAAAGGUGCCAGGAACUUAUAGAAGUAAUACUAAUGCCGUCUUCCACUCAGGAGGAACUCAAUUCUUCUAAGGACUCGUUAAGGAAAAGAGUAAGCUGGUGUGCCAAGAAAAAUGAUAUUGUGUGUUCAGUAUUGAACACCCUGCUUGUAAGACUGCAAACAUACUUCAUUGACACUGCUUCUGUAAAUUUGCUGAUAAAAUGCAUUGCAGAAGCAGUUUUUUCUGAAAAUGGGCUUGAUGCUGAGAUCUGCAGUAAAAUAAAGGAUUCAUUGCUCUUUGUACAGGAACUUGUGAAUUCUUGCCCCCACACAAUCUUCUGUCAAGAGGCUCUUAACUCCUUAAUGUCAGUGAUAUAUGAACAAAAUGGGCAAUUCUCAGAAAAUAUCCUGUUGAUAUUUAAGACUGCUGCAAAAUUUAGACCCAUUGGUGAGGUCUUCCACCAGCUAUUUGAAGAAAAGCUUUUAUAUCAUUGGCGGAGGUUUGUUCUGAAGGGAGACUUGCGACAGGCCAAAUUAGCUCUGCAGUGCAUAUUGAAACAUGCUGUAGUUGCUGAGGAUAAUGUUCCUAAAUUAGUGCUUGGAGAUCUGAAAAAGCAGCUUAGAAGUACUGACAGAAAAAAAUGUGUCAUAGCCGUGAAGUUGUCGGGUCACUUAACUUCCCUUUGGUGCUCUGAAGAGGCCUCACAUCUUAUAUCAUUACUAAAGUUGCCUGAAGUUAUCAGAUGCCAACCAGAAGAAGAUGAUUUUGCUGAAGCUUGGUGUGAAAGGAGUGCCCUUCCUUUCAGAACAUUGGCUAAGAUUGUAGCAGUGAAAACAUUAACACUGUAUCACAUGUCAGUGGCAAGUGAAAGUGUUGAAGAAUUCCUUUCCUUACUUUGUGAAGUAGUUGAUAAACAUGGCAAUAUAUCUGAAGACAUAUGUCUUAGCAAUGCAGAGUCAUCUUGGCUACGACUGACAGCUGGCUGUGCACUCUUGAAAAUGUCUACUGAUCCUGCUGUGUGGAAGAAAGUCUCAAUACUUCACAUGGCUACAAUCAGUUCUCUCAUACUUGAUGAAAAUGAGAAUGUCUGUGUGCAGUUUGUUAGAAAGUUAUGUCAUCAUCUCACUAACGAGAACUUCCCUGUUGAUUUCUUUGCUUUCUUUUCUUUGGUUGGCAUGGAGAAACGACAACAUCUUAGAGAUAAAUUUGAAGAUUAUUUCCAUGACUGUGUGAAAGCAAAGUGGGCAGAGAUUGGCAAGAUUUGUGGGAAAUCUAUAGGGAAUAUGGAGAACUGUCCAGGCAUUGUCAACAAUAUUAUACCAGAAACCAGCAUUAAUGCUGUGAUUGCCUUAUUGGCUUAUUAUCCGGAGUUAAAGGAUGUAAAUGAGAUGGUAAUAAAGAAGGAGAUUUGUGCUUGUCUUAAAUUCUUCUGGGGUCUGAUGCUUCUUCAUAAAUUCAGCACUGUACAUCCAUCAGUGAGCUCUUACAAGGAGUUUCUGGACAAAAUCAAGAGGAGUGUUAGCUCUAUUGACCCUGAUGAUGAACAAGCAACUGAGCGAUUGCGUGUGGUUGCUCUUCUGGCAGGUGCAACUCUACAAGGAGCAUGUCGACAAGUACACAGGUCUGGAACAGAGAAAGUCAUUAUCACACCAAACACCAAAUAUUAUUUAAUACGCUGAUCACAAUGUCAAGUGGAAUAAGGUACAUUAUCAAAGUAUGUUGUGUCAUAUCAUAACAGGCAGUGUGAACAAUGUUAAAGAAAUAAUGAUAGGUUAUUAUUAGGAGACUGUAAUUCUUAUUGUUGCUUCGGCCCAGUUGGAGAAAAAGAAAAAAAACAAAUGAUAAAGAAAAGCAAUGUAUUUUAUAACUUGCCUAUGUGACUGCAAAUAAUGGUAUUGUGUAUGUAUAGCAAUUACGACCAGGUGUAAACUGGAAGAUUCUGGAAGUAUCUUUUUGUCCCAGAUAAAUAGCAUGCUACUGUGUAAUUAUAAUGAUGAAAAAGAGAGAUUUUUUUGUUUAUUAUUAUUUGUUUUGUGUGUGUGGGGGGGGGGGGGGCUCACUUGUGCAUAUUCGGUGGUAGACACUGUGGUCAUUUUGUGUUUGCACAGAGAUACUUUGAUUCCAGUUCUGACAAAAAUCUUCAAGUAUGUAAAAAGAGUCAAAGAUAUAUUCUGACCACAUGCAGCUGUUGCAAAAUGGUUUUAAAUUUUGACACUCUGUCAUUAAGAGUAGUCUGCUGCUGUGUAUAUCUAAGUUUGAAAUACUUUUAAAAUUGUUUUACAUUAUGAAUUGAGACUAAUGAUACACAAAAUUGUAGCCCUCAAUUGUGGCAGUGUCUCCUAAUAAAUUUGACAGUAAUUUUUUUCCAAUGGAUCAGUAAUGAAUUCAGAGCACAUCUGUUCCUUGGCUGAUUGUAACUAGUGCUUUGUAAAUUAUAAAGUGUAUUAAAACAGAAAAGUAAUGAAUAUAAACAAA